AUGAAGCCCAUUUCAAGUGUUUCUCCUCUCAUACUUGUAUGCCUAUUUCUUACAGAAUUCCAUGUAACAAAUGCAAGAGGGUUAAUCAAGAAAGCAUGUGAAACUUCCUUGCACAAGGGCCUUUGUCUAGCUACUAUCAAAGCUGAUCGUGAUUAUAAAGGUGCUAAACUCCACGAUCUAGGUCAAAUUGUACUGAAAGCUGCAACAUCAAAUGCCAGUGCUUUACAAAAAGAAGUGGAACAAUUGCUCAAGGAAAGAGCUAGUACCUCUGUUGAGAGUGCCUUGAAAGAUUGCAAAGAGAACUAUGAUGAUGCUGUUUCUCAACUUGAGAAAUCCAAGCAAGCUUUGGAACAUAAACGGUAUAACGAUGUUAAUACAUGGGUUACGGCUGCAAUGAACGAUGCAGAUUCAUGCGAGCAAGGUUUAAAAGAAUCAGCAGAUAAGGACUCAUCAAUAGCCCAAAAGACUUUCAUUUUUGGUCAACUUUGCAGUAAUGUCUUGGCUGUUACCAAUAAAGCUGCUGCUGGUGCGACUAGAUCGGUCUAA